AUGGGGAAUUGUUUAAGCGGUGAUGUGGCAGGAGGCAAACAAGCCAUCGGAGGGGUCCAGCAGAGACCCACGUCGACCACAACAAACAAUGCGGCGCAAAACGACGCCGUUGAUUUCUUCUUCAGAUCUCGUGGUCAAUAUCCUCUCUUCUCUCAGAUUGAGUUAUCUUUGUCGGCUUCAAACUUGAUUGACAGAGACAUCGCAUCUAAGAGUGACCCAAUGGCUGUCAUGUAUCUGAGGAAAAAGGAUGGAAAGCUUGAGGAAAUUGGCCGCACUGAAGUCAUACUGAAUAGCUUGAAUCCAAAAUGGAUUGAGAAGAUUACCGUCUCUUUUCAGUUUGAAACUGUUCAGACAUUAGUUUUUCACGUGUUUGAUGUCGAUACUAGAUAUCACAAUGUGCCUGUAAAGACGUUAAAGCUAAAGGAGCAAGAUUACUUGGGAGAAGCCACGUGUGUUUUGUCCGAGGUCAUGACAAAACCUAACCGGUCCAUGACAAUAAACCUUCAUGGUAAUGUCGGAGCUGGUGUGACUAGAAAGUUGGGAACACUUUCUCUCCAAGCUGAAGAAACCAUUGCUUCAAAAACUGUUGUCGAGAUGAAUCUCCGCUCUGUCAAUUUGGAUAAUAAAGACUUAUUCUCGAAGAGUGAUCCGUUUUUAAGAAUCUCAAGGUUAGUUGAGAACAGUAUAGUAGUUCCAGUAUGUAAGACGGAGGUAGUUGACAACAACCUCAACCCAAUUUGGAAGCCUGUAUGCCUGACUAUGCAACAAUUUGGAAGCAAAGAUACCCCAUUGCUCAUCGAGUGCUUAGAUUUCAAUACCAGUGGGAAUCAUGAGCUUAUUGGGAGGACAGAGAAGUCUAUAGCUGAAUUAGAGAGACUUUGUCACCAAAGAGAGGCUAUAAACUUUGUCUAUCCAUCCACAAGUCACGGUCGCAACAAGGUUCUGAAAGGCCAGCUCAUUGUGGAUCAUUUUGUGGAAAAAGUGCAAUACAGUUUUCUUGAUUACAUAUCCAGCGGCUUUGAGCUUAAUUUCAUGGUUGCAGUUGACUUCACUGCUUCAAAUGGUGAUCCCCGAACCCCCAGUUCUUUGCACUAUAACGAUCCAUCAGGCAGAUUAAACUCAUAUCAGAAGGCUAUCAUGGAAGUAGGAGAGGUCAUCCAGUUUUAUGAUUCUGAUAGGCGUUUUCCUGCUUGGGGCUUUGGAGGAAGAACAGCGGAUGGCCACGUGUCCCAUGCUUUUAACUUGAAUGGAGCUUCAUUUGGUGAUGAGGUUGUUGGAGUUGAAGGAAUCAUGUCAGCUUAUUCAAAUGCCCUUACCAACGUUCCUCUAGCGGGACCAACUCUGUUCAGCCACGUGGUCGACAAGGCUGCUCAUACCGCUUCACAGUCACUCUCACAAAACAGUCCCAAGUACUUUGUGCUUCUAAUCAUCACGGAUGGAGUCUUGACAGAUAUGGCUGGUACAAUAGAUGCAUUAGUGAGAGCUUCUGAUCUCCCAUUGUCAGUUCUUAUCGUCGGUGUGGGUAACACAGACUUCACACAAAUGGAGUUUCUUGAUGCUGACAAAGGUCGCCGGUUAGAGAGUUCCACUGGUCGGGUAGCUACAAGGGACAUUGUUCAGUUUGUGCCAAUGAAAGAAGUCCACAGUGGACAAGUGUCUGUGGUGCAAGCACUUCUAGAAGAACUUCCUGGCCAGUUUUUGAGCUACGUCCGUUGCAGAAAUAUUAAUCCGGUGGGAGCUCCUGCGAUUUGAGCUAACCAGUAGCCUAUCUUUAGAUUACAUCUUCUGUUUUCGCAUGUUAUUAGUUACUCUUUAUUUACUUGGGAUGGAGAACAAGUUUGGAGUUGCUAGGAUACUUGGUAUAUUAAAAAUUGCCUAUGACAAAAU